UCUCCAAUGACAAUGCCUGCUGAUCUGUUCAGCGUAUAAAAGACUUUCCUGCCACUAUUUCUUUCUUUGGAAUAAUGUCGGCUGAAUAUGAUAACAGAGACAAUGGCCCAGAGGGCAUGGAGCCAGAUGGCAUCAUUGAGAGCAACUGGAACCAGAUCGUGGACAGUUUUGAUGAGAUGAACUUGCGUGAGACUCUGCUCAGGGGAAUUUAUGCCUAUGGUUUUGAGAAGCCUUCUGCUAUCCAGCAAAGAGCCAUUAUCCCUUGUAUCAAGGGCUACGAUGUGAUUGCUCAGGCCCAGUCUGGUACUGGGAAGACCGCCACCUUUGCCAUUUCCAUCCUGCAGCAGAUUGAUGUGGAGCUAAAAGGCACUCAGGCUUUGGUUCUUGCUCCCACCAGGGAACUGGCCCAGCAGAUUCAGAAGGUGGUUCUGGCUCUGGGCGACUAUAUGGGCGCAAGCUGCUAUGCUUGCAUUGGAGGCACCAACAUCCGCAGCGAGGUCCAGAAGCUGCAGGCUGAGGCCCCUCACAUCGUGGUGGGGACCCCCGGACGAGUCUUUGACAUGUUGACUCGCAAAAACCUUGCUUCCAAGUACAUCAAGAUGUUUGUGCUGGACGAAGCCGACGAGAUGCUGAGUCGAGGAUUCAAGGACCAGAUCUACGAGAUCUUCCAGAAACUGUCGAGCAGCACACAGGUUGUCCUUCUGUCAGCCACCAUGCCAGCUGAUGUUCUGGAGGUCACCAAGAAGUUCAUGCGAGAACCAAUCCGAAUCCUGGUCAAGAAGGAGGAGCUGACCCUGGAGGGUAUCCGUCAGUUCUACAUCAAUGUAGAGAAAGAGGAGUGGAAACUGGACACUCUCUGUGACUUGUAUGAGACCCUGACCAUCACCCAGGCAGUCAUCUUCAUCAACACCAGGAGGAAAGUGGACUGGCUGACGGAGAAGAUGCAUGCCAGAGACUUCACCGUUUCUGCUCUGCAUGGAGACAUGGACCAGAAGGAGAGGGACCUGAUCAUGAGAGAGUUCCGCUCUGGUUCCAGUCGUGUCCUGAUCACCACUGACCUGCUGGCCAGAGGUAUUGAUGUUCAGCAGGUGUCCCUGGUCAUUAACUAUGACCUGCCGACCAACAGAGAAAACUACAUCCACAGGAUUGGUCGAGGAGGCCGUUUUGGGAGGAAGGGCGUAGCCAUCAACAUGGUGACGGAGGAUGACAAACGGACCCUGAGGGACAUCGAGACGUUCUACAACACCACCGUCGAGGAGAUGCCCAUGAACGUGGCUGAUCUGAUCUAGAAGAUUCCUCAUGUCCUGAUUGUUUUAGAAGUAAAAUCUUGUUUCUCAGCUGAAUUCCUCCAUGACUGUACCUUUUACAUCCAAACAUCUUGGCGUGUUUUUAGCCUGUCUUGAAAGGAGAACUUCAUGGACUGGUUCUGGUUUCAUAGCAGCGGUUGAAUCUCAACUCCAGCCGCCUCCACAUUUUAACAGAAUAUUGAUUUAAAUUUUUAGAGCCGUCACUAAACUGCAGAAGGCUAAUACCACAAUGAUGCUAACAGACGAGACGGUAUCACUCCAGUAUUUCAGUUCUAGGACUGAUCCAAUAAAUACCAGUAUGAUAAAUCCACGAACCACUGGUUAACCAGUUUCACCUCCAAGGCUUUUUUUUUUUUUUUUUUUUUUUUUCCCUUACCAACACAUUUGUUUUUUUUGAGUCACUUUUUGGGGGGUGGGGGGGAUGGGGUGACUGACCAGAACGGACCAAAUUACAGCUGAUUACAAACUCCAUGUCACCAAACGCGCUGAGCUCAUUAUUAAAAUAGUUUCAUCAUGGGGUGUAAGGUGUUUUUUUUUUUUUUUUUUUUUUUUUUUUUUUUUUUUCUCCUUUCUUUCUUCUGCCUCUAAAUGACUAUGAAUUGUUAACCUUUUUUGAGACGCUGUUUCAAGUUUUCUACAUUGGAUUCUGUAAAGUAUUUAUUUUAAUGGUCUUACAAAUAAAAAGGUUUCUCCAUUUAACAGUAAACUGGUCUGAGUUGACUGGGAUGGAAACUAAAACGAGUUCAUCUUUAGCAACUCAACCACAGCAUCGUUCACCAGACUCGUAAA